CCUUGAUAAUUUUUACUUACAAUGAACAACAGCAUCCAAAUCAACAUUACAUUCAUGAUGAAUAAGUCAAACUCAUUCAUAAAAUAUGGUGAAAGACAUAUGCUGCAACUCAUAUGGAUCAUUAAUUGCAUAAUAAUAAAUGUCCUAGGACUUGCGUCUACACUUAUGAUAUCUAUUGUACUGGAAAAUAGUGAAGGACCGUAUUUGGAAGUUCAAAAAAGUAAACUAACUGCUUUGAGAGAAGGUAGCAUUUAUGGUGUUUGUAUAAGGGGUGGUAUCAAGAAUAAUAACUAUACCAUAACAUCUUUCACUGUUGAAAAAAAGCCUUCAAACAUUAAUGAAGUUCCCGAAUUUGCAAGAAAGCCAGCACUUGGUUUCUCGACAUGGUCUUCACAAUUAUUAGAUGAUGUGCCAGGUUAUGGUGGAAAGCAUAUUAAGCCCUGGUUUAAUGAACAACAAAUUAAAGACAUUUCUGAUGCGAUGAAAGUCAAGAUGCCAGCUUAUGAAUAUAUAAAUAUAGAUUCUGGAUGGUGUAAUUCAUGUGAUGAAUUUGGUCGAUGGACAGUUCGAAAAGAUGUCUUCCCUAAUGGUUUGCGACCCAUUGCUGAUCAUUUAAAAAAGAAUGGACACAAACUUGGUCUUUAUAUACUUCCUGGUGUUCGUCAGGACGCGGCUGACAACAAAAAACGAAUUAAAGGAACAAUGCAUACAUUAGAUGAACUUGUACCUUCACGUAAAGAAGGAUGUGGGUUCAAAGGUACUACUUAUAUGCCAGACGAACACAAUGAUCUCGUUCAAAGAUACUAUGAUUCAAUAGCUGAUCUUUUCCAUGAGUGGGGUAUCUCAUUUGUUAAACUAGAUGCAGUGGGUCCUGGUGGUGGAAGUGAAUAUUACCCUUUUUCAGGACCUGAUAAUCGUGCUUGUACUCAAAUGUUGUAUAAAGCAUUUAAACGAUACAACAUUUGGCUUGAAAUAUCAUGGCAAAUUGAUGUAACUUAUGCAGACGAAUGGGCUCAAAUAUCAAAUGGUGCACGAAUCUAUGUUGACAUUGAAUCUUAUUCAACCAAGACCAUGACAUCCUCACAUCGUAUUAUGCAACGUAUAACACCAUGCGAAAAAUGGGCUGAUACUUGCGUAGUGGGAAGCGAUUAUGGAUUCUAUAUUGAUCUAGAUGUUGUCUUGGUCGGUAUGACGGUGAACGGUAAAUGUAUCGAUGGCUUAGACAAUGAUGAUGUACGGCAAACCUGUAUUAGUUUUUGGGCCAUCGUCUCUUCUGUCUUUUGCAUAGGUUCUGAUCCUCGACAAAUCCCUGAUAAAUAUCUUAGAUGGUAUAAUCAUAAGGAAAUAUUAGAGAUUCAUCAAAGUGGUAUCAUGGCAAGACCAAUUGGUUCUGGUAAUGUAUGGUUAAAUCGUAAGCAAGUCUGGUGGAAGAAAUUAAAGGACGGUCGUAUUUAUGUUUGUUUGAUCAAUGCACAUACAUACAUUUUUAUGCUUGGACUAAGUCAUGAGGUCACACUCAAUUUUGUAAAUAUUGGCUUAAGACGAGCAGAAUUAAAAGAUGUUUGGACUGGGGAGAAUUUAGGUGUAUAUGAUGAUAAAUAUAGCAUUGUCUUACGUCCUGGUCAAAGUCAAACUCUACUUGUUAAACCUGCAUAAUAUCUUUUUUUUUUUUUUUUUUUUUUU